CUUUCCUAACAUGCUACGGAAUUCACUUCGGGCGAAGUACCGUGUUUUAGGGAGUCCAGUGGUGGAACACCCUUUACAUGUCCAAAAAGUUCCAGACUAGGUGUGAGAGCAUUUUGGACUUGCCAAUGUUUCUUUACGCAUCGCUAAUGAAGAGCACGUAAGUCGGAUAAACUCAUGGUACCCAUAUGAAUGGUCUAAUACAGAGAAAAAUACCACAAAACACUGUUUUCCCAAAGCCAAAGGUAGUAAACCAAUCAUUCUCUCCUCAACUGGUCAACUGACUGUAACAUUUCCGGACUAUAAAACACGCCUGGUUAGACUGGUCGGUCCCAUGGCUGACGAGGCUACAGGACGUUUCUUUCUUAAUCUUUGUGUACGUGUAACUCGAGACUCUAGUGUUGUGUAACCGGCUCAAUCUCAGUUUCAAUCAACUGUUUCUCACGCGAAUAUAAGCAGGCGGUUCCAGAGUUUUCCCAUCGAGUUGCAGAAGAGCGAGCGCCCAGAUCCGGGGAAGGUCGAUCAUAAACACGCGUCAUGGCUCAGAAGACAGUGCUGAUUGUGUACGCCCAUCAGAGUGGGGGGUCCUUUAACUCGGCAGUGAAGGAUGUUGCCGUGGAAGCCCUCAGACAGCAGGGAUACAAGGUUGUUGUGUCUGACCUUUACGCCAUGAACUUCAAAGCCUCCGCCACAAUGCAGGAUAUCACAGGUGAGGUGAAGAACCCGGAGCACUUCAAGUACGGAGAGGAGACCAUGCAAGCCUGGAAGGAGGGUCGACUCAGUGAUGACAUCAUAGCUGAGCAGCGGAAAGUGGAGGCGGCGGAGCUCGUCAUCUUCCAGUUCCCUAUGUACUGGUUCAGCGUUCCAGCCAUCAUGAAGGGCUGGAUAGACAGAGUCCUGAGUCAAGGCUUUGCCUUCUCGCUGCAGAAGAUGUACAGCAAUGGAAUAUUCAAGGACAAGAAAGCCAUGUUGUCGUUCAGCACUGGAUCUAUGCAGACUAUGUACCGCCCUGACGGCCUCAACGGAGACAUUAACGUCACACUGUGGCCCCUACAGAACGGCGUGCUUCACUUCUGUGGGUUCCAGGUGCUAGCCCCCCAGGUGUUCUGGUGUCCGGGACACAGCCCCCCCGCGAAUCGGACAGCCAUGCUGGAUGGCUGGAGGGCCAGGCUGAAGACCCUGCUGGUCGAGCGACCCCUGACCUUUGCCCCCUGCGAGCUGUUUGACCUGACCUUCCCCGGGGGCUUCAUGCUGCGGCCGGAGGUCAGGGAGGAGCAGCGCACCCGCCCCCACGGCAUCACCACCGGACACCACCUGGGGAAACCCCUCCCCCCUGACAACCAGCUGAAGGCUGAAGGCUGAUAACCCUCUGAGAAUUAUUUAUCCAAUAGAACCCAGAGUUGCCUUGGGCCGUUACUCUUCUCUAUUUUUAGAAAUUAUUUGCCACUAGUCUUACACAAAGCUAGAAUGACUAUGUAGAUGAUUCAACACUCUACACAUUAGUAUCAGGUGAUUGUUUUUAUUAUUCAUCUUUAAGACCUAAACCUCAGCUGGAGUUGUGUAUAAAGGGUGUGACCAUUGAGCAAGUUGAGGAAGCUACAUUUCUACUUAUAAACAUGGUGGUUCUAGCCCUGAAUGCUGAUUGGCUGACAGCCGUGGUAUAUCAGACCGUAUACCACGGGUAUGACAAAACAUUUAUUUGGACUCCUCUAAUUACGUUGGUAACCAGUUUAUAAUAGCAAUAAGGCACCUCGGGGGUUUGUGGUAUAUGGCCAGUAUACCACGGCUAAAGGCUGUAUCCAGGAACUCCGCAUUGCGUCGUGCUUAAGAACAGCCCUUAGCCGUCGUAAAUUGGCCAUAAACCACAUCCCCAUCGUGCCUUAUUGCUUUAGUAUAACAUUGGAUGGUCAGUUUUUAUGGUCAAGUCAAAUUGACAGAGUUGUUGUGAAGAUGUUAUAAUAAUGUUCUGCGUUUUUGAAACAUCAAUAAACUGCUCUAGUUGUUCAGACUCUG